CAAAAACUUCAGAGAGUCUUUGGAUUUCUGAAAUGACACCAUUAUCGACCUGUUGGCUUUUGAUUGAACUAUACGUGAUCCCACAUGGAUAUCUAAAGUGGUAUUUUUUGAGUUUCUAUAUCCACCCUUUUCUUCUUCCUUUCUGCCAACUUUAUCUUUUGAUCAAAGUGUUACAAAAAUAUCUAUUAACCUUCAUUCUUUUUGUUUAUAAGUCCUCUUGUUUCUUAAUUUCUUAUGUUCCAAAAUUGUGCAAAUUCUGCCUUCUCUUAUUCAAGAAGUGUAACUUCAUCUUACGAAAUAGAAAAAAUCAUCAUAUCCCUAUAGAAGAAGUUGAGGAGUACUAUGAUGCUAUACCAAAUACUGAAAACCAAAAUGAAAUCAUCCUUUAUACGAGCUUGAACAUGAGACGAAGUUGUAGUGAAUCGUAUGAAACAGUCCAUUAUUUUAACAUGAAAAAUAAAUCGUAUGAUGACAUGAUCUACGUAUAUGACUUUCAAUCUAGAGUCUCUGAAAUGUUCGAUAAAAAUCACAAGAUUAGUUCGUUUGUUGAACCUAAUCAAGGUGAGUUUAUGGAACUUGAUGAAGAACAUGAAAAGGAUCAUAGUGAAGUACUUAUUGACUGUUGUUCAGUCAUUUCUUCUGUCGAUGAAAAAAUGAAUUUAUUUGAUAACUAUAAUAUUACUGUCCCUUUAUCUCCUGGUUCAGUUUUAUCUGAAACAGAGCUAGAACUUGAGUUUUCCCUAUCGAGUUCUGUUUCCAGUUUGUCACCAGGUAUUAAUCGUCAGGGGUUUGACGAAUAUUUUCCAUCUCCUAUUAGCUCUAAUUUUUCGUCCCCUUUGGAUUAUGGCACGAUGAACCAAAAUUUUCCGUCACUUAAUAGCUAUACAAAUGAUAUGGAAAUGGAUCAACAGCUGGGUCAUGAGUACACAAGUUGUGCAGAGGAAGAAGUAGAUUUGUUAUACAAGAAAUAUGCUGAAAGAAUGAGCUGGUUUGAUGUUCUCAAUCAUGAAAAGCUAUGUGCCUUAAGUGCAGUAUUGAGGAAGCACUUGUCAAGUCCAAAUUCAUUUGAGUAUGAAAUGGAGCCUACAGUUGGUUUGCCUGUCCAAUAUAUUUCAUUGAGCAAAGUGGAUAGAAAAAAAUUUGUGAGAAGCUUAGAGAGUGAUUUAGAGUUGGUUUUUGUGGCACAAUCAUGUUUGUCAUGGGAAGCACUUCAUCAUCAGUAUAAAAAAGUAAAGGCUCUUUGUUGUUCAACUUCAAAAAAUGGGGUCUUUUAUGGUAAUGUAGCAGCAAAAUUUCAGAAAUUCCAAGUACUGCUAGAAAGAUUUGUGGAAGAUGAUAGCUGUGGAGGCAAAAGGCAUUUGAAUUAUGUUCAUACAAGAUUUUCCCAAAAGAAUCUCCUCCAAGUUCCAGAGAUUUCUGGAUAUGUAGAAUUAAAUGAAAGAGUGGAUGGAGAAAUAACCAAGCCAAUAGAAGUGCUAAAGGCCAUAGAGAAAUGCAUAUAUGCUUUCUGGUAUUAUGUAAGAACAGAUUGCAAGAAAAAGAAGAAUUUUUUGUGGAGUCAAUCUCGUGUUGAAGACCCCAGAGACAUACUGCUCCUGCCUGACUUAACUAGGAAACUUCAAAUGAAAGAGUUAUGGAUGAAGGACGUGAAAGGUAAGAGAAAAUGUUGGCUGAGAAGAGCAAUAAAGCCUCAACAAGAAGACUUGAGCAAAAUAGAGUUUGUGUUAACAUUGAUAGACAUGAAGCUGGUAUCAAGGAUUCUCUAUAUGUCCAUUAUUUCUACUUCUCAUUUCAAAUGGUGCCAACAAAAGCUAGAUAAUAUAGAGUUCAAAAAUGGUCAGAUUUUAAGGAGCCCUACUACCCUACCGCUGUUUCCAUCUUGAUCAGAUCACAUUUUCUUUUUAUUUCGAAAACUAGUUUGUAAAUAUUUAAGCAUACUUGUUCUUCUUCUACAAAGAGUGCACGUAUGUCAUGUAAAUAUAUUACCAUUAGCUUAUUCUUUUGGGCUAAAUUGUACUCUCGCUAGCUAGCUAGCUUUUCUGUUAUGUAUAUAUAAUAAUACUAUA